CAGAGAGCCGAGGUGGCUUUGGUCGAAUGGAAACCGCUGGAAUGGCCGGACGGACGCCUCCCUACACGCUGGAGGGGGGGAGUCCAGUCAGUCAGUAAGACAGGAGGCAGGACUCGGCUUAGUUCCACACUCAAAGUCAAACUCGGAAAAACACAUCCGCUUUUGCACGCCGCUUCACCUUUAGCCCGCGAGUGUUUUUUCACCCACCAGAUCACAGCAGUCCGCCGGGUCCUUCUGGAAGUCGUUUGUGAGGAAGCGUACGCAUUUGAGGGCGGUGUAGCGCCGCAGCAAUGCUGGGACGGAGGACUACGAUGGGGAACAUGCACUGAGCGGAUUUGAAGUUUAUUCCUGUCUGCCGUCGACGCGUUGGUGUUCCUUAACACCCCCCACCCAAUACUGCGGAGUAGUAAAUACUUUGACAAUGCCUGUGAAAACCAAAUACAACCUCGUAGAUGAUGGGCAUGAUUUAAGGAUCCCGCUACACAACGAGGAAGCAUUCCAACAUGGAAUCAACUUCGAGGCUAAGUACAUCGGCAGCCUCGAUGUGACACGACCGAGCAGUCGAGUGGAGAUUGUAGCUGCGAUGAGAAGGAUAAGGUAUGAGUUCAAGGUGAAAAACAUUAAAAAGAAAAAGGUCAGCAUCAUGGUGUCUGUUGAGGGUGUAAAAGUCUCCUUAAGAAAAAAGAAAAAAAAAAAGGAGUGGAUGUGGGAUGAAAAUAAAAUGAUGGUGAUGCAGGACCCCAUUUACAGAAUAUUUUAUGUGUCUCAUGACUCUCAAGACUUAAAGAUCUUCAGUUACAUUGCACGAGAUGGUCACAGUAAUGUCUUCCGGUGUAAUGUUUUCAAGUCUAAAAAGAAGAGUCAAGCCAUGCGUAUUGUCCGGACUGUUGGUCAGGCAUUUGAGGUCUGUCACAAACUGAGUCUGAAAAAUGCACAGCAGAACACAGAUGGGCAGGUGGACUGCAACAGUGAAAAGAAUGGAAAUAACCCAUCCAUGACAGGAGUGCAUGCUCAGCCACCUGUAUGUAUGUGUCGUUUAGUUGACUCAGGUACGGAGUUUAUAGGCAUAGCAGAGAAGACUUCAACUGUUGCAGAGGAGACAGACAUCGAUGCUGAUGAGGCAAACCAAAUACCAGCUGCUGAGGAGCUAAACAUUAACAGAGGGGUGACAGAUCUGGAUGCCACAGCCAAAGCAUCAGACCUCAGCACAUCAGACAACAAGAUAACUUUUUUACAUGCAGUUCGUGCCGUCCAGAAUCCUGCCAGCUCAAUACUUGGAACUGUUCGAAUGACAGAAGAAACUUGCAAUGCUAUUUCUGAGGAGGCUUCACUGCUGAUGUCCAGCCCUAGGUUGCUGCUCCCUGCAUUGAGUGUGCUCUCACCUGCCACUCCCUUGUCUGUUCACCAUCAGAUUCAACUGCUCCAACAGCAACUUCAGCAACAACAACAGCAAACACAAGUUGCUGUUGCACAGGUUCACCUCUUGAAAGACCAGCUGAGUGCAGAGGCCACAGCUCGACUGGAGGCGCAAGCUCGAGUUCACCAACUACUACUGCAAAACAAAGAUCUGCUACAGCACAUUUCACUCCUGGUUAAACAGAUCCAGGAACUGGAGACAAAGAUCACUGGACCUAACUCCAUGGGAUCCCAGGAUAGUUUGUUGGAGAUCGCCUUCCGGUCCACUGUGCCCCCUGUAAUCUGUGACCCAACUACCCCUAAACCGGAAUUGUCUGCUCCAAACCUACCCCAGCUUUGCACCACUGACGGGACCAUUAAUGCAUUUGCAUCUUCCAAUGGAAACCUGGGAAGCCCAAUAGUUGAUCAAAGCAUGUUUGAGAAUACUGUUGCCCAGCAACAGAGUCCUCAGACCACCAGGCUAGGCCAGCCGACGACCAAGCGAACCCAAGCGUCCCCUAACACUAACCUGAGUGUCGGCUCCUUGGAUUCUCCUUCUUCUGGAGGUCAACAGAGGUUGAAAAAUGCUAUUAAUCUAGGCAAGGCUGUCGGGGCAAAGAUGAAUGACCUAUUGAGGAGGAAGGAAUCUAGCCACGUUGGGGACAUUGGGGUAACUGAAAUCAACAAGAAUGCUGGUGCUGUGUGGAGUUGCAUGGACCAACUCAACCAGAAUUCUGCAAACAGUCACUUUUCCUUUGACUCCAUCCCACGGCUGGACCCACCGCCGACAUCGGGAAAAAAGCGCCUCCCUCGGGCGUUGAAGACCACCCAGGACAUGAUGAUUUCCUCCGACCCAGUGGUCUCAUCUCUGGAUGCAGCAGACCUGUCCACACCAGCUUCCUCCCCUAGCAAGUCAGCGCUUAUAGCCAAUGAGGAGCCUAAAAGCACAGAGAACUUUCAGAAGAGUGAGCUUGAGGACGGGUCAUCAGAUACCAUCUCUGCUCCUGAGUCGGCUGACAAGACAGCUGCAGUUGGGAAGAAAGGGAUAUUGGGAAGCAAUGAGAAGGUGGAUGAUGUAGUAUGUGGAGAAGAGUCAAGUGGAGGAUGCGCAGAACACCAGCUCCAUCUAUCUGCACCAGACCUCAUCAACAAAGAUCCUCCCUUACUGGAACCCCGAGUGAAAACCUGUGAUGUCUGGCAGAAGCCAUCAAAUCUGGAUUCCAGAAUGGCCUCCACUCCAUGCUCUGGGAAAACUCAUUGCCGCAUCAGUCUGAGCGAGGAGGUCUCGAUUGCCAACAGGAAAGACAAUGAAAUGAGUCUCGAAGACACAGAGCCACACCCGGACCUGCUGUCUUUUGAAUAAGUAGAAGAUGCCAUCGCAGUGUCAUUCUCAUUGGUCUUCAUUUUCAUUUUAGUGACCAAGGACACUCAACGCUGUCCAAGGAGCACCCUGUUCCAAGUUUUUGGGGAAAAGGGAUCAUAAAACAGAAGCCAAAUAUAUUUUGGUUGUUUUUUUUUUUUUAUAAUAUCUGAAAGCCUUAUGCAGUAAACGUCCAUCUUUCCAGGGCUGUUUUGCUUCUGGAAAACAUCAUAUCAAUGACUGCAUUUUAACCACUGUUACCCUUUUAUAUUAUAAAUAGAGGUCAACCGAUAUGGGAUUUUCAAAUGCCAAUGCUGAUACCAAUAGCUAAAAAAAAUUUUUUAGCCGAUUGCCGAUAUCCAAAGCCGAUUUUGUAAGCCGGCAUACUUUUUUAAAGCACGUAGGUUAUGAAAAGCUUUUUUUUUUAAUUGCUUCAACAGCUUCAAAAUUACAAUGAUGAUCUGAGACUUACUCAAUUCAUUCAGUGUAGCACUUCUGUUUAAUAUUAUACACGCUCAACAAGAACAAGAGGAUGCGCGGCAUGCUAAAGCUAAUGCUAACGCGAAUGCUAUGCUAACGAUACAUAGUUAUAUUUAGAGUGUGAAAAUCACUCAGUAAACACCUUCAAAGGCUAAAACAACAUUGCAUAUUCUCUCAUGCAAAAUAUAUAUAUUUUUUACACUAUACACAAAACCGGCAAGCCUGAAGCUUCCUGGCAACAGCCUGCUUUACCAAUAACACCUGACUGCGUAUUACAGCUGCUACAAACAAUGCCCGGUUGCUACAAACUACGCCCUUAUGAUGUUACGGUAGAUAUCACAUGUAUAUAGAACUAGAUGCGAAAUGACAGACUUGGCAGCGUUAGCACAUGUAUAGAGAACUAGAUGCGAAAUAACAAACUCGCCAGCGUUAGUAAACAGCGGCCAUCUUAAAGCAGUAGAAUUCUCAGGAUGGCUCUGUUGUAGUGAACCUACUUUGUGAACUUACUUAUUAUCUAAAACACUCCUAAAUCGGCAAAAUCUUGAAUUGAAUCUGUCGUUAAAUGAUGAAAGUUUUAAAGCUUUCACAUGUCGAAUGUAGACUGAAGGGAAAUAAUGGAAUAACGGGAGCAAUUUUAACAAUUUUAACGGUUGAUUUAUAACAUUAAAUUACUUCCAAACAUAGCAAAGGUUACAAUUUAGUUAUCGCAAUAUCCGCAAUACUCCUUUGUCUAAUUAAGUUUAAGAUAAAGAAUUGGGCUAGGGCCUAUUGUCCCAAAAACAGGAGUCGUUUGGAGAGGCGUAGUUUGGAUGAGCCGUGGUUUCUGGUGUGGCUGUGGCUGCAGUCAGACCCUUGUCUGCCUUCAAGCUGCAGGGUCCUUCUGGGGUCCUAAGGUCAGUCAUUGGCGGCCACAGUUGCCCACACAGAUGCCUGAUCAAAAUCAUUUUUUAUCGGCUUUUGUUUUGGGUUUUUUGUUAAUCGGCUGAUGUUGGAAAAAUGUUGAUAUAUCGGCCAGCCGAUAUAUCGGUCGACCUCUAAUUUUUAAUAUAUCCUAUUUGAUAAUUAAGUAACUAAUAAUGUGACAAUGAUUGACUCGACUUGAGUGGGAAAGCUAGAUGAAGAAAUUUGAUGACGUCAUGUAAGAAGAAUGAAGAGGAACGAUAAGUUGAUGAGCACCUCUAAAUGAGAGUUUUACGAAUUCUUGAGAAAAGUAGUGAAACAUCACUCUGAUUGGUUCAAAUUAAUGUAAUCUAUUGUUACACAUCACUAUGCAUAAACACAAUUAAUGAUAACAAAUGUACUCAAACCUCAAACCAACAUGCACAUAUGUCUUAAAGCAACACUUUGUAACUUUUCAGUAUGGUUGAUUUUAGUGACGCCGGUGGACAAAAGCGGUAGUGUUUUGCCUUCAGGAACACUGCGAUUCCCAUGAGGAACAGCGCUGUGUUUCCCAUGAGGACCAGCGCACACCCGAACAGUGUCGUAAAAUCAUCAAUGAAUCAAAAAUCAAUCUCUUGAUCGCCUGCAGAUGGAUUAAACAACAUUUCUGUUUCCAGCGGCUGUGUGAAGGACGAAUAGUAAUAAGGUAAUGAAUCCAGUUGUGGUUAAGCAAUAGCAUAUGACAGUUAGCAACCGUGUGGCUUAGUGUGGCUAAGUUGACAUAUCAAAAGUUAUAAAAAUAUUUUAUAAAGGUUGAAAAGUUACUUAGUGUUGAGUUAAGUGUUUUUUUUGGGUUCAACAAAGUUGUACCAAAAUAUAAGAAAGAUGUUUCAUUGAGGAGUUCGCAAAACCCGAGAAUUCCAGAACUAAAGUUAGCUUAUCUUGCAAAAACUAGCACAUGGAUAAAUACGUUGGUCUGUCAUAUAAAUUAAGGUAUUUCAAAAGUAAACAAUUUUGAGAAACAAAAAAAAAAACUCUCUCCACAUUGAGAUGAAAGUAGCAGACCAAAGACGUGAUUGUCUUAAUCUGUUGUUCUUAUCAAAUAUUUUUUUCUGUGUUGUCAGAAUGAAGUUAGUAUUAACACUAGAGACUUUUAAUUUUCAUUCAUUUUGUUUUCAUUUGUGUUGAUGUCUGAUGUUCAUGUUCUAACAGUGUUUAUGAAUGUAUAAAAUGUCAGCAGAGCCCAGUAAGAAGCUGUAUCUGCACAUUUUAAUGUAGAUCAGUGGUUAGCAACCCACGGCUCCGGAGCCGCAUGGGGCUCUUUGAUCACUUUGAUGCGGAUCAGUUUUUAAGAAUUAGAAAAUGUGUAUUUGAUUAAAAUAUAUUGUGGUGCUUAUGAGAUUUAACUAAGUAAUUCAGCUUGCCUUUAGUAAGCUGGCUAAGUCAGGCUCUAAGUAUCUUUAUUAACAGAACACUAACGCAGGUCAUGAAUUCACCAACUACAGUAUUUAUUGUGAUGGUUUCAUAUGGAAGUUGUACCCACAAGUCUUCUAUUCAAACAAAUGGCGCCAAAAAGCAGGCUGGGAGACAGGCCGUGCUUCUAAGCUAUAGCCAGAAUCAUGUAGAAAGAGAGUUGCGACAAUCUCGCCACGGGUGGUCAUGUGGUUCAUGUAGGGGUGAAUAGUUCCAAGAGAAAGCAGCGCUGUAAUGGUUUUAUAUGGAACUGACAGUGGUGAUUGCAAGAUUUCUGAGGAAAAUUGAUAAAAUCACACAUCUAAGUACUUUUUUGGUUAUGUCAUUGCACUAUGAUAUAUUUGUAAAUGCUAGUUUUACAUUUGGAGUGAUAAGGUGAUAACUGAAAACUACAUACAUUCUUAUGAAGAAGGGAACUUUCCCAUGUUGUGGGGGGAAGUUUCAAGUUUGUUUUAGCAUUUUGAAUGGGAAAUCGAUUUUUACAUUGAAAUGCAAGAUGAUUAAAGUUUUUCUUUUUUCACAACUGUUUUUUUUUUUUUCAGAGAAUAAAAAAAAUAAAGAAUAACAACUCAUUACCCUUUAAUAAAGAAAAUCAUAGUUUUUAUUGAACAAUUGGUGAAAUUGGUGUCAUGGCUCACUGUUUACCCCUAACAUUUUUUAGAUCAUUGGGCUGUGAUGGUUGGGCAGCAAUUCUCAUGCACCAAUCAAUCCAAAAAGGACUAUCAUAUGUAUGUUUUCUCCAAGAGCCAACAUCAACAUAAAAAAUUGGAUGGCAAAGUUCAGCCAUCAAAAUAUGAAAUUGAAAGGCUUUUCUGCUGUUUUAAAAGGGGCUUAAUGGCCACAGCCACUAGUUGCAGCCAGCAGUGGUCCACAGCACAAGCAGCAGAAUGAUAUCCAUCAUGAAAAUUUUACGUCUGACCCAAAAAAAUCUUUAUAUAAAUUAGUACACAUCUCUAAAAUAUUGUAUCAUCAACAUCUUGUUAGCGGCACGGUGGCUGAGUAGUUAGCACGUCCGCACCACAGUUCUGAGAUCAAGGGUUCAAUCCUGGGCUCCGUGUGCCUGCGUUGGUUUUUCCUCCCACAUCCAAAAAACAUGCAUGGGAGGCUGAUUAAACACUCCAAAAUGUCCGUAGGUAUGAGCGUGUGCUUUACUGGUUGUUUAUCUCAUUAAACCUUGUGAUUGGCUGGCAUCCAUUUCAGGGUGUACCCUGCUACAGCACCUCCGCGACCCUUGUGUGGAUAAGCGGCAUGGAAAAUGAAUGAAUGAACGAACAUUUUGAUGUAACGAAUAUAGGUUGUCAUGCAUUAACUUGGUACUCUACAAUGAGGGUAAUACCCUCAACGCUUACAAAAAAGGAGCUAUCAAGCACAUGAAGCCGGUCGUCUACCAAUAUUUGCAAAUGCAGAUAAGUGUAUGCGUCACAAAGGACCUCUGAAAGACUUGACGAUGUAAACGAGAGUGACUUACCGUAAUUUUUUGACUAAAAGGUGCACCUGACUAUUGGCCGCCACCCACUAAAUUUGACACUAAAACGUCAUUUGUUCAUAGAUCGCACUGGACUAUAAGCCACAGCUGUCCUCACUGUAUUAUAGGAUUUUUACCCCAAAAGAUAUUAACCAUUAACACUUUGACAGCAGCAUCAUAAGACUGUCAUAAGACCAAAUAAACCACCAUCAUUUCUUCAAGAAUUUUCAUUUGGCCAUCACUGCUCCCCUGGGGGAGACAGUCAAGCUCUGAUUCCACCUGCUGUCAACAUUGUUGGUGUCCAACAUGCCUCCUAGCAUGCAUUGCAGCGCUACAGGUGUAAAUAACAAUUAAAAUCCUGUUCUGUGCUAAUCAUUUCUUCAGUUAAGUGUUCCAGUUGUUUCAUUAAUUGCUAGUUAUGGUAUUUGCCAACACUUUGUUUGACAAUGGCACCAUAAGACUGUCAUAACGCAAUCAUAAUUAAUACAGUCUUAUGACAGUCUAUUACCUAUUAACCCAAAUAAAUCAACAAAGUCGCAUUGGACUAUAAGUCGCAGGGGAACACGUAGUGGCUAUAGUCCAAAAAUUCCGGUAAUUAAUUUAUCCCAGCUGAUACCUUCCCAGUUAGCAGUCCACUUAAAACUUAAAUGAAAAUCGCUCAUCGAGCAAAAUAUACCGUAUUGGCCCGAAUAUAAGACGGUGUUUUUUGCAUUGAAAUAAGACUGAAAAAGUGCGGGUCGUCUUAUAUUCGCGGUCUAGACGUUAUACCCAUUCACGACGCUAGAUGGCGCCAGACAGAUCUCAGCUACUCUCAAGUUUAACCAGUUUGCAUUAUUUUAUUGUAGGGCUGUCAAACGAUUAAAAUUUUUAAUCGAGUUAAUUACAGCUUAAAAAUUAAUUAAUCGCAGCUCAAACCAUCUCUAAAAUAUGCCAUAUUUUUUCUGUAAAUUAUUGUUGGAAUGGAAAGAUAAGACACAGGACGGAUAUAUACAUUCAACAUACGGUACAUAAGUACUGUAUUAGUUUAUUAUAACAAUAAAUCAACAAGAUGGCAUUAACGUUAUUAACAUUCUCUUAAAGUGAUCCAUGGAUAGAAAGACUUGUAGUUCUUAAAAGAUAAAUGUUAGUACAAGUUACAGAAAUUUUAUAUUAAAACCCCUCUUAAUGUUUUCGUUUUAUUACAAUUUGUAAAAUUUUCAAUCAAAAAAUAAACAAAUAGCUCGCCAUUGUUGAUGUCAAUAAUUACUCCAUGGUCACUCAUGGUGCUGAAAGCCAUAAAAUCAGUUGGACCCAAGCGCCAGCAGAGGGCGCCAAAUACCAAAAAAUAAGUUACAAGCAGACAUUACACUCUGCUGUCAUUUUAAUCUGAGCGGGGCAUGUGCGUUAAUUGCGUCAAAUAUUUUAACAGGAUUAAUUUAAAAAAUUAAUUACCGCAGAUUAACGCGAUAAUUUUGACAGCCCUAUUUUAUUGCAAUGUUUUUCCUUUUUCAGAUUUGUUUCAAGUCUACAGUUACAGUUAGACUUCACUUUGAUGGUUAAUGCAGUUAUUGCAAUUUUGUUUUUUUAUCAUAAUAGAGUGGUUUAUUUACAUUUCAAAAACCAGAAGCCAUUCAUUUGCGAAUGUGAUUGCACUUUAGUUUAUAUAUUUAAAAUGUUCAGGUAUUAAGAUUUGAAUGAGGCAAAAUAACAUGCUUUUUCUCCCAAAUAUAUUGUUAUAAUCAUUUGUUUCAGAUUUACUGUAAUUAUUUUCUGUAUAAAAAUUAAUUUGGUGUACAAAAAUUCGUUUUUCAAACUUGAGUCUUGAAAAAGAGGGGGUCGUCUUAUAAUCAGGGCCGUCUUAUAUUCGGGCCAAUACGGUAUAUAUUAUUACACCCUGCGCAUACAGAUAAUGCUCAACAUAUAAAUCAUAAACCGCCUCUGAUAGUAUACAGACAGUUGAAAAUUAGAGUUAGUUUUUUAAUCAACUUACCUCCAAAUAUACUUGACAGCCAGUCAUUCAAAUGAGUGGGGUCCGCCCUCAUCGAAGCGAUGUGUGGAACUAUUCGAGGCUCCAUUACCCGGAAGUUAAAUCGUAUAACGGAUCUCUACAGGACUGUCGCAACUCUGUAUGACUCUGGCUCUAGCAUGAGUGUGAGUGGCGCAAAGACUUUUGGGAACAACUUCUGAAUGAAACCGUCACUGUACAUAGUUGGUGAAUGAUCUGCAUGAGUGUUCUGUUCAUAAAAAUGUAUAAAAAGUCCUCCUGACUUGUUCUGCUUGCUGAAGGAAGUCCGAAUUAUGAUACUAAAUCGCAUAAGCACCACUAUUUUAUAUAUUUUGGAGGAGGCUUAUGGAACUUUUCUUACUCUGUUAAAAUGGUUCCCGACCUCUGUUACAGGCGCUAACACCUUCAUUUCAGAUGUCAAAAAGCUCCCACUGUUGUCUUUUCCGUGGAAACGAGUUCGAAAUGGCUCUGAGUGUUUUUGCUGACCCCCGAUGUAGAUGUUUGCCCUUGGGUAAUAUCUUUUGUUUGUGUACAACCCCAAUUCCAAUAAAGUUAGGACGUUGUGUUAAACAAGAAUAAAAACACUAUAAUAAUACAAUACAAUGAUUUGCAAAUCAUGUUAACUCUUAUUUACUGCAUUUGAAUACACUACAAAGACAAGAUGUAUAUUGAUCAAACUGAUAAACUUUGUGUUCAGAAAAUAAUCAUUGACUUAGAAUUUAACACAUUUCAAAACAGCUGUGACUGGCUGUCAAAGAGCUCUAACUUCUUCUAACGAGGUCUAACGAGGCUCCACUCGUUACCUGUAUUAAUGGAACCUGUUUUAACUCAUCAGUAUAAAAGACACCUGUCCACAAGCUCAGUCAGUCACACGCCAAACUCCACUACAUGCUCAUUAAACACCUGUUUAAUAUAGUGCACAGGUAAACAGGCUAAUUGGAAACAGGUGAGUGCCAUGAUUGGGCUUAAAAAAAGCUUCAUGAAUUGCUCACUUAUUCACAACCAAAUAUGAGGUGAGGGUCACCUCUUUGUGAAACGUGGAAAAUUGCCGAACAGUUUAAGAAGGACAAUGUUUCUCAAUUUAUAGAAUGAAUUUGAGGAUUUCAGAGUGAACCCAGCUGAAGCGGGAGUGAAUAUUUUAUUUUUGUAUAUUUGUGAAAUAGCAAAACUUGUCGUUAAAAAAGAUCGUACGUCAAUCGCCAAUCGCCGUCAAUGGCAAUGAGAGUUAAAAAUGUCUGAAACUGAACUUUUAAAACUUUAAUCUAAUUGUAAGCAUGUGCCCAGAUGUAUGUAGUUACAUUUACUUGAGUACCUUUGUUGAGAAAAAUGUACUUCCAGGAGUAGUUUUACUAAGCCAUACUUUUUACUUUUAUUGGAGAAGAAUUGUGUAGAAGAAAUGCUACUUUCACUGAGCUACUUUGGGCCACACUAGUCGUUACAUAUUUCCUCUUUAUUCUAAAUAUUAGAUUUUACUUUUUUGUUGUUGGUGUUGCCAGAGAUGCCGACAGUGGCCUUACCAGUUUCACCAAUGAGACGUCGCAACAAUAAAUCACAUGCCUCCAUUAUACAGAUCAGACUCAAGCUUGCUGUUCUAUGCUCACGCUGGCCUGUUCAAUCACGUGGCAUCUUUAAAGCACCAUAAUAAAUUAAGUAUUUGACAUACAGUGUUGCCGUCAACAUGUCUCAAAAGCGCAGAUUGUAAUAGGAACUAUGAAGGAACAAUUCACUAUACAGCUAUUCAAACUAGGGGGCAAUCAGGCGCUUUGAAUGAAUGAUGCUUCAGAUCUGCAGAUUUUUUUUUCUCUCGUCAGAAUUCAAUGACUUUUUUUUUUUUUUAUUUAGUUAUUUUGCUUAGUAUGGUUAUGUAAUAGGUUAUAGUACAGUAUAAUAAGAACAGUUCAUAUAGAUAACUUUUUGCCGAGAAAAAAAAUAGUGACCAAAAAAAAAUAUCGUAACAGUUACUCACAAUGUUACUCAUUACUUUCCACCAAAUAUUUACUUAACUUGUACUUGAGUGCAUUUUGUGGAUGAGUACUUUUACUUGAGUAAUAUUAUUUUGAAGUAACGCUACUCUAAUUUUUGAUCCUCUACCCACUUCUGUAUGUGCCACAAAACACGUUAGAUAGCCAAAAAUACCUUUUUUUUAGUAGUAGAUGGGCAAGUUUGACCUCUGUGAGUAAAACGUCCAAAUAAACAAAACAUCACAAAUAGCAAUUUCACUUUAAAAGAUCAAAUUAAAAUUUCAAAUCAGGUUGAUUUGACCAGUAGACGCAACUGGCGGGUUAAACGAAAAGGUGAUGUAACAGUGGUAAUCAUGACUGUCUCAUGAGUCAUGACUGCUCUUUUUAAAUGUGUUGCAGCCAUUAAAUUUAAGUUAAUGAUUAUUUGCUAAAAACAAUCAGAUUUAUCAGUUUGAACAUUAAAUAUCAUGCCUUCAUAUUCAAUUAAAUAUAGGUUGAACAUGACGUGCAAAUCACUGUAUUCUAUUUUUAUUUAACACAACGUGCCAAUUAAGUGAAAUUGGGGUUGUACUCGGAGAUGUACAGAUUUUUUGCACUCCAUUUAAAACACUCCAAAUUUCAACCCUUUACAAAUGACAAUAGAGGUGCUGAAGUGGCCUCUCAUUAGACCUUUUUCAGCUCAAAACAGGUUCCUGGAAGGCACAGUCAUCUGUUGUUAAGGUCGUAGCCACCUCAAUAAAAGGAAUGCAGAGCAGGACUUUGCCUGAGAAAAGGCACUUUGUUUUAGUUUAUACAUUCAGUCUAUUUCUAUAUUCUGCCUUUGUGUCUUUGUCUUGCAAGCUGUUUGUGUCCUGAAAAGUCUUUGUUACCUUUUAAGCUUUAACCUUGUGGCCCCCACAUGGCUGAGAUUACUAUCUAUUUGCUUAAUGGCCACACUCACAAACCUCUCUAGUUGCUGACCUAUGUUAAAAUGAAAUGUCAUACUGCUUGUGGGAGCUCACAAAUUGGGUUAGCAUACACUAUACACUGCAAAUUUAUAACGUCUUGAUCAGAUUAGUUUUCUUAAAUUUAGUUAAAUAAAUUUCUCCAUCUUGUUUUGAGUGUGAAAGACUAGUUAACAGAAUAAUGUGUAAGAUUAUUCUACUUACUUUAACUAAAUAUUAUUAUUUGUUCUUAUUAAGCCCAUACAUCUAAAACUUGGUUAUUUUUUCACCUAAAUCAAGAAAAAAUGCUUUCAAACAACGUUUUGAACAAUAUCUAUUCUUGAAUUAAGGACAUUUUGACAUUUCUGAUAAACAAGUAUUUUUUAUAUAAAUAUACUACAGUGAAACCUCUACUUACGAACGUCUCUAUAUACAGAAUUUUCAGGUUAAGACACGCCUCAGCAAAAAAAUAUUUUGUCUUGUUACGAAAGAAAUUUCAGGAUACGGAAGGAAAAAAUACAGUUUAGCCCAGGGGUUUGCAAGUCCAGUCCUCCUGAGACGCUAUCCAGCUUGUUUUCCAUAUCUCCUUUCUUUAAAGCAGAAGUUCAGGAUUUUUUACAUUAGGCUUAAUCUUCGAGUUAGCGGGGUUUAGUUGGGGUUUAGUAGUUAGUUAGUGGAGUUGAUUUCAACAAAUUCCGUUUCGUUGGCAAGUUAUUUGUUAGUUUCAGCGCUCCAGAGUGGCUAAGCUAGCACGAGUCAAUGACACAAUUAUAGCAUGCCAAUAAAAAACAACAUAUGCACACGUGAAAAUCAUCGAUGACCUCUGCAAUCAAUAGUGUUGGCUAUGUUUUCAGAAUAAAGUCAUUAAAACUUAACAUUGCAUGUCUAUAAUUGCAGUAUGAACAUCAUCAUUUGUAAUCCAGAAGCUCUGCAGAGGAGCAGAGCUGAGUGAUAUCACAUCGGGUUUUUUUCACCGCUGAUUUUUCACGUCGUAGCCAGCAGCAUGUGACACAUUUACAUUUUUCCUCGUUCUUCAUAGGGAAUUUGUGGAAACUCCUUUGCCCAUUUCUUCUGUGUUUCCACAGCCUCUAAAUGCACAUGUUGCAAGCCGUCAGUUAACUCAGCGGACUGAUGCUGCGUUUGAGGAGGGUGGGAAGUCAGUUUCCAACCUCUGAUCUGGAAAAAUAUCAUUAGUACGCCUCCAUUACUUGAUCGCUUACGAGAAGUCAGGUUUGCUGGAGGUCAAAAUGUCUUUUGAAGGCCAAAAUAAAAAACAAUUUGUGGCAAUCAGCCAUCUUUGCUGUUUAAAUUCGCUUGGGAUGCUUUAUAAUCGCAACUAGUACCCUCCGAGCGGGAUAAGUCCGACUUCCCACCUUCCUCGAAUGCAGCGUGCCAACGAGUGACCGAUGCACUCCUUUUUAUUGGAGUCGUAUUACGCAUCUAAAAAAAUAGUCCUGCAGGAUGAAAUGAAUUACAGCAGUUUGGUGUGACAUUGUUUUGGCUGCAUGGGUGUUUUGAAACAAUGAUCUGUGUUUUGAAUUAAUUUGACUACAAUAUGUUGGAUCUGUUCAUAGAACUGCAUCAUUUUUAUAUUGGCAUGCUAAUAUGAUGCCAUUGACUCACGCUAGCUUAGCCAUUCUGGAGCCCUGAAACUAACAAAUAACUUACAAACGAAAUGGAAUUUGUUGAAAUCAACUCCACCAACUAACUAAACCCCUGCUAACUCGAACAUUAAGGCUUAUGUCAAAAAUCCUGAACUUCCGCUUUCUUUAACACACCUGAAUCCAAUAAUCAGCAAUCACUGCUGGAGCCUGAUAACGAUCUUGAUUAUUUGAUUCAGGUGUAUUAAAGGAGGGGGACAUGGAAAAAAAGCUGGAUAGCGGCUCUCGAGGACCAGACUUGCAGACCCCUGGUUUAGCCUGUAGUCCCAACUCCCAUAAUUUAUUGAACGUAACAUACUUAUAGCUGCACUGCCACUGGCUAUUGCCUAGCAUACCUGGCAUUAAAUUGGCUAAGAGGGACCCCCUACUGUAUGUGUAUGUGCGUAUCCCAGCGUCCUCUUCAUUUGCCCCUCGUGUUCCAACAGUGAGUGUAUUAACUUUUUCUUGUUUAUUUUAGAUUAUGCACAACUCUUAAUUUUAUGAUUAUUGUGCAAUAAUCUAAUUAUAACAAGUAUUUGUUACAUGUUUUGAUGCAUUUUAUUUUUAAUGCAUCAUGAAAGAUUUAUGAUGGAAUUUUGUGAAGUUUGGAACGGAUUAGGGCAUUUACAUGGAAAAUGCGUCUCUACUAACAGAAUUUUCAAGUUACAAAACUACUUCCAGAGCCAAUUAAUUUUGUAAGCAGAGGUACCACUGUAAUUUAUUGCUUAAAUUAAGUCUGUUAAGCUUAUUUUAAGCUAGCUAUUUUUCUUAAUUCAAGAAAUCUAAGUGAAUUCAAUUUACUUGAAGCACUGGCAGAUAAUUUCUGUUAUUUCUAGUACAUUUGCACUAAAAACAAGGAAAUUUUAUUUAGUUUUAAGGAAGUGUGAUUUUGCAGUGUAUAACAUGUGUCACCGCGCAUAGGGUUAUUAACACUGUUUCUGUGUGCGAAGCAGGUAUUGGAGACCUUUUUAUUUGGUGCAUUAAACUAAACUGACAAAAGACCCAGACAUACUGUCAGUAGCUGUGUGUAUUAAUCAAAGAUAAAAGCAGUGAGACUCCCAAGUGGGUGCUCUGAAGUUGUCAAACUGUCUAAAAUACUUAAAUCAUUAAUAGACACUUGUGGCCGAGUUGCCACUUUUAAUUGUAAUGGAAACAGCUGACCUGAAUCUCUUUUUUUAUAAUCAAAAGUCACACAAUAUAGUUGUAUUCUUUCAUAAUUAUGGAAAAAAAUGUUUUCUACAAUAUACUGUAUAUAAAUGUGCAGUGUCUGUCCUAUAACCUAGUUCUGAAAACCAGUAUGUUGCUUUGUCUGUCUAAUGAAUUUUUAUUUGUUUCGUGACUUUGACAUCAACUGUAAUUCCGAUGAAUGAAGGACGCCAGAAAAUGUCAAAAGAUGAAAUGAAGGAGGAAAAAAAGCUGCUAAAAAGAAAAUUUGGUUCAUUUCCUUUUUACGUUUGUAUUUGACACGUAGAUUUAUGUUUCAUGCAACAAGAAUAUGAUUAAAAAAAUGUUGUCAUGUUGA